AUGGAGGUCGCUGAACAUCAGGAGCAGGCGAACAACAGUGUGUCAAUCCCGUCCAGGACGAGCCUUGAGCUGCCAAUUCCGCGGCACCCGCCCUCCGUCGGGUGUCAGCACUCCAACGGCUCGGUGGGAUGCGGCAACAGCUCCAGCAGGAACUCUGUGCACCGCAACAGCAGGUCUGGUGUGCACAGCAACUCGGUAUCGGAGACGCCGACCGCGUACCGCAGGAGCUACAGCCUCACGGAGGAGAGUGCCCCACCUCCGCCAAAGAAAAUGGAGGUGUCGCGCGAAGUUCAGCCCUCGCACGCGCGCCCGGACUGGAAUAGCCACCGCAGCCAGGUUGAUGCAUCACCGAAAGAGAAGUUGCCGCGCAUCAAUGUACAUGUAAAGAAUAAGUACGACUUUUUAUACAAUGGAAAGAGUGUCACGGAUGCCAAGAAAACGCCUUACCAGCGUCACAUGUACGACGAUUUUUCUGGUUUCCAAAGAGACAAAGAUGCGGGUUGUUCACCUAGUACACAGUAUAAAAGAGGUUUGGUUGAGGCAUUGCGUCGGGUGGACUUUGCAUCCGCAUUGGCGCAUUAUGAUAGGGGGGAUAAGGAUUCGGUCAUUCUGAAGAAUGCUGAAUUGCUUUUUGAAGUGCUCGCCAUGCGUACGACCUUCAUCACACCGGAAAUGUUGCAUGAGCACUUUCUUCUAUGUACCCCACCCGGUGUGGCGCCGUACGAGGCGUAUGAUUUUCUCAAGGAAUCGUGCGAGGGUAAAAAAGAACUGAGUUUUCCGUGUUUUUUGCAAUAUGGAGACAAAUUGCGGGAUCGCGUCUUCGCAUAUGAUAACUUUGUGUCACUGGAGGAUAGCGAGAAAAUCGCGGCGAUUGCUGAGCGGGUGUUGAAAGGGGCGUCACCGUCACCGAGGAGCAGCGAGGCGCGACAUAUUCUUAUCAAGGCCUUGGAGAAUCAAGAGGAAGGUCAUAUGACGGGUGAGGUGCGUCCUAUGCGUCUGUACGAGCUGCUGUUCCUCGCCGAUAUGCAGAGAAAGGCGGGCCGCCCGGGCGCCUUACUGUCUUCCAAGGCGCACCGCAAACUCUCUAGCAGCGCCACCAACACGGCGGAGUUGCCGGCCGCACGCAAAAAGAGUUGCGGCGAGGAGGUUUCAUGGGAGGGCGAACACAGCAAGAGGAAAAAGAACAACGGCAACUGCGAAGCCAACAAAAUCAACGUGAACAGUGGGAGUAGCAACGUGUACCCAACCGAGGAGUACGUUCUGCACCCGGUGGAGAGUCAGGGACAGCUGACCCAAGGAGGGAGCACGCGGGAAAGAAAAUCAAAGUCGCGUGGGGGAAACACCGUCAGCACCACCAGUUCACGGUCAAAACGAAACCCCUACUGUGGUCGCACAAAGGGCCGCCAUGCGACGCCAAAUAAACAUGGGGCUUCUGUUCCGAAAAACGUGGACGACGAGGCGCUUGCGCUGGAGCGCUUUGAUGAGGCGUGUGAUCAGCGCCACCGCAAAGACGAUGCACUCAUCCAGACACUGGAAAAGAAGUAUGUUUAUGCGAGUCCAAAAGGCCUGAAUUUGUAG